GGACACAUCAGGACUCUUUUCACUACGCCACGCCCGGUCCCACUUUCCUCUAGUCUUCAGGACUGGGAGCUAAGGAAUUCGCAGUCUAGCAAUGUGCAUCUCUCCCCUCCCCUUCCCCCCUCCCCGUCGGCCAGAGCUAAGCCUGGGUGGGGCGGAGGAGACAUGUGACCUGCCCGGCCCCCAGCAGCGCCUCCCACCCCUGACUUGUAGGGCGGGAGAGCCCCGGACUGAGACCGAUUAUCAGACCGUAGGACUAAAGCCGCGGGACCCUGGCGGGGCCAGGGCUCUGCCAGGUGUGGGAAGGAUGGAUGUCUUGGUCCUAUUCUCUUGACUCCACUGAGUGAAGACGAGAAGCGCAAAAAAUAAAAAAAAAAAAAAAAAGGAAAAGCGGAGAGCCUUGGGCCUUGGCUAGGAUGGACAAGGGGUCCAGCAGGAGAUGAGCUCAGCGUGGGGCAGUCCUGGAUGCCACACUGAACUAGUCUUGGCUCCUCUAACCCCGGGCCCCCGCGAGCCAGGCACCUACAUGGAAAGACGAGAGGAACGAUGAAGAAGAGUUCUACUCGGACCACGUCCGAGGGCGGCGGCCGGUGCCUUUGGUUCUCUACCUCUCCAAGCGCCUGAGCGGAAAAGACUGUGUCCAGCGCUGGCUCUUGGCAUUCGAGGAGCCGCGACAACAACGAGGAGGACGAGCAGCAAUUGGUCCCCCCCCGCAGGUAUGGCGAAAGAAGAGUGUAAAGCGCUCCUAGACGCUUUGAACCGGGUGACAGCCUGCUACCGGCACAUGGUCCUUAGCGUGGGCGGCACCGCGGACUCGCAGAACCUACGCGAGGAACUGAAGCAGACGCGACAGAAAGCGCACGAGUUGGCAGUGGCCAACAGGAACAAGCUCACCGCGGCCCUGAAGGACAAGGACGUCAGCAAGGAGGACAAGGCAGAGUACGAGCGCCUCUGGGUGAUUUUCUCUACAUGCCUGGAGAUCCUGGAGACCGACAUGAAGCGGGCCCUAGAGCUAGGGCUGGAGUUCCCCCUGAACAUGCCCAAGAAGCACCUCAUCCAGACUGGCAUGUCCGGAGGCACUACGGGCGUGGCUGCGCGAGCCAUGAGUGUCCAGAACAUAAAGUACGAGGCCGAGCGCAACAUCGAUGAAGUAGAUCUGAAGGACCUGGAGCAGGAGAUCCACAAGGUGGGAGAGAUGAUGUACGAGAUGGAGAUGAAAGUGAACGUGCCUCAGUGGACCGUGGAGGCCAAGCAGGAUCCCGGCGCAGAGCUCAAAUCCACCACCAGUGCAGGAGCUUCCUCUGGGGGGUUCGUCUCCGUAGAAGAACGAAAAAGCGUUUGUGACAUUAGCAAACUUCUGGCUGCGAUUGUUUUCAGUGCUGUGCUCAUCAUAGCUGUUAUCUUGGCCGUGUGCGUGGUGAAAUUGUCCUAA